AUGUCAGUCGAGGUAACGGUCGACAAAAAGGGAUCUUCUACGAACCUUCGCAGCUCCGCGUCGUCCAACACGUCAGCCGGAAAGAAGAGCUCCACCGGUUCAGAUGCUCCUAAGAAGAGCUCCGCAGGCUCCGGCGCAAGUUCCGCUCCCAUCGUCUCCAAUUCUUCAGCUUCAGGAGGCGUCACGACGACCAACAGCAGCGGGCCUGGCGGUGGCGGCGCUGGCAGCGCGAAGAAGUUCAAACUGGCGGAGCUGAAGGCGGCGACCAACUCAUUCAGCAAGAAGGGCGUGCUGGGGGAGGGCAGCUUCGGGGAGGUGUAUCGGGGGACGCUGACGGACAAGGUGACGGGCGAGGUGACCAAGGUGGCUGUGAAAAUGCUCAACGCGGAGAGCUCCCAGGGCAUGGACGAGUGGCUGGCGGAAGUGCUGCUCUUGCCGAGCCUGAACCACCCGAACCUGGUGCGCCUGGUGGGGUACUGCGCGGAGAAGGGCGAGGCACUGCUGGUGUACGAGCUCUGUGAGAACGGCAGCCUCGACGACAAGCUCUUCCCCUCGCGCGUGGACGAGGUGUUUGACUGGAACUCGCGGCUGAAAGUGGUGCAGGGCACAGCGGGCGCGCUGGUGCAUCUGCACGAGCACAACGUCAUUCACCGCGACCUCAAGCCAUCGAAUAUCCUUCUGGGGGAGGGCAUGGAGGCGAAGCUGACGGACUUUGGGAUGGCGAAGCAGGCAGCGGAGGGAGUGAGCCAUGUGAGCACGCGGGUCAUGGGCACACUGGGCUACCUCGACCCGGCCUACAUGGAGACUGGCUGUCUACGGGAGAAGAGCGACGUGUUCUCGUUUGGAGUGAUUCUGCUGCAGGUGCUGACAGGGAAGGAUGCAGUGGACGAUCGGAACAUCAAGCUAGCAGCCGCCAUGCACAAGCACCUGCACCCCAGCGUGGCGGACCCCGACAAGUGGAUCGACCCCAAGCUGCAGGGCAAGUACCCGAGGAAGGGCGCGCUCAUGAUGGCCGCGAUCGCCAAGCAGUGCAUUGCUGAUAAUGCCGAGGACCGCCCGGAAAUGAGCGAUGUGGAGGAGUUUCUGAAUGACAUCCAGAUGAUCUUUUUCUCUCGCGACCUCUCCGCGAUGCCCACGCGGCUUCUGUACACGUUACUUCGCCUCCUCAUCCUGUGCAAAUUAUUCCAUGUCGGGUUACCAGCGUCUCGCGAAAACGAGAGUUCGCUCGAGAGCAUUGCGGCUGCGGAUGAGAUCGUUGCAGGGAGAGUGGAUGAACUGGAAUCCGAGUUGGAAGAGGCCUUGGCGGGAAGGGAUGGGGAUGCAGAGGGAAUUCAGUCGAGCACCACACCAGUAGUAGAAAAGCAGCCGGCGAGUCUCACGGUCAGCGACAAGCACCGCUCCCCACCUCUUUCUGUUUCCGUAGUCCAGCAAUCUCUCGCACCCGUCUCCCCUGCAGCUGGCAAUGCCUCGCUCGACUCGUUACCGGCACAAGCACCGCCGUCCCUUCCGGCUCCAGACACAGCAGCGCCAGGAAAAAGCCCGGGUUCCCAGGCCCCGCCCUCUGUACCUACUCCUACAGUCAACAGCACGCCAGGAACUGGGAGGUUAGAUGAUCCUGACUGGGGAAGGGUGAACUGGGGGAGGGCCAUUACCCUGAAGGAGAGGGAGGCGGAGGAGCGAGGCAAGGUGGGUGCAAAGCGGUGCUAUGGGAUGCAGAGGGCGUACCACAUGGGGUUUGAGAGGGGCAGCAUGGCGUGGGAGCCGCAGGCUGAUCGCUACGUGCUCAUGGACUGCCAUCGCAACCAGCUAAGUAACCGCAUUCGCUGCAUCAAGAACCACCUGGUGGUGGCGGGUGUGUUAAACCGCACGCUCGUGGUGCCCCUCCGAGCCGACGAGGUCACCCGCCACUACGACCGCCGCACAUUCUUCCACCUCCCGCACACGCGCCUGUGCUACGGCCCACAAUCCGUGAUUUCCCUAGACGACCUGCUCGCCCUCUUUGUGCCGUUAGGUUCCACACCCGGGUCGGAAUUCGCACCAGCAGGUUCAGAAACAGCAGCCACAGCAGCAAUACCUUUAGUAGCUGCAUCAACAGCAACAGCAGCAGCAGCAGCAGCAGCAGCAGCAGCAGCAGCAGCAGCAGCAGCAGCAGCAGCAGCAGCAGCAGCAGCAGCAGCAGCAGCAGCAGCAGCAGCAGCAGAAGCAGCAGGAGCAGCAGCAGUACCUGUAGCUGCUCCUACUUCUGCUGCAGCACCAGAAUCUCCAUCUCAGAGUGCAGCAGUGCAAGUGGAUCAGGUGUUGUGUCUGCAGAAGCAGUGCUACAACCAGUCUUCUGCUUCCCACGACGACCUCCCCUCCCUCUCCGGCAUCCGCUACCCUCCGAACCUCACUCUCACGAUCGGCAACGCCUCCGAGCCUCUGGAGAUCCCGAAGCUCCUGGCACUGCAGUCUAUGAUACAGCCAACCGCCAGGGUUGUUCUGUUGGGAGAUUUGGGAUCCAUGCAUCUCACGUUCCCAGGGAAACAUUACCUGGACGUCCCCUUUAGGCAGUCUCCUGAGUGCCCUAAUGCUCUGGCUGUGGCGCCACACCCCGCUAUUCUUGAAGCUGCUAGGGAGUUUGUUCGAAGUGUGGUGCUGCCAGGUGCCAGGAGGGCGUGGGAGGCUGCUGAUGCUGCUCUGGAAACGGAAGGAGGAAGGGGGCGAAAGCUUCAGCAGCAGCAGGAGGGAAGGCAAGGGAGGAAGGGGCAAGAGGGAGAGAAUGCAGUUGGUCGGUACGUGGGGGUGCAUUGGAGGCGGACGGACCUGAUGCAGCACAGCAAUCCCAAUGCACGACUCUCUGUGGAGCAUGCGGGUGCAUGCCUGGUGAAGGCCUUCGGCAUGGCUGGAAACAUCUCCACCAUGUUCCUUGCCUCCGAUACUGAUGACCGCGAGGUGGAGGCACUGGAGAAAUUUAUGAAAGAAAGAAUACCGGGCUUCAGGUUGAUUCAAAGGCCCAAGUCUUUUGAAGACCAGCCGUGGGCAGUGGUGCUGAAGCCUCACAAAUUCCAAGAUGAUGUGUCGCUGACAGCGACUCUCGACAAGGCGAUAUGUGCCAUGGCAGAUCCUCACAGGCAACAGCUGCUUCCGCCGCUUGCGCACUGGCGGGAAUUUUGCGCCCCCAAGCAGAGAGCAUCGGGGCGGCUACGUGUGGGCUUGGAUAGCGCUGGCGCGCGGAGUUUGCGCGGAAGUUCCCGCGCGUCCUAUCCGACGGGGAGAGAGCAGCGGUAUGGCACGCGGAUGAACCGGGACGUGUGGACGCGGGACGAUGGCGCAAGCGGAAGAGAGAGAACAGGGGGAAGGGAAAACGAGGGGGGAAGACGAGGGGGAGCGGAAAGAUGGGAACGAGGUCGUGGGGAACCUGUUUCAGGGAGAAGAGGGUUUAGGGGGGACAGCGCAGGACGAGGAGGCGCGCGCGGGGAGAGGAGGGGGGAAUGGAGGCGGAACGGGGGAGGGGAGCGACGGGGGGAGCCGGAGGAAGGACGCGGGGUGAAGGACACGGGUGGAUGGGCGAGGGAGGUGGGGGAGGUGGGGGAGGUGGGGGAGGUGGGGGAGGUGGGGGAGGUGGGGGAGGUGGGGGAGGUGGAACAGCAGGGGAAGGAGGAGGAGCAGGAGGUGAUUCGGGAGGAGAUCUCACCGCACAGAGCAGCUGCUGUUGUCCGUCUGCUGCGAGUGGAGCAAGGAGGAGCCUAUGCCGACAUUCUCUCAGGGGCCGCAGCAGGGGAGGGGGCGGGGGGGUGGGAGCUGGAGAUGCAGUAUGUGCGGCGGACGCUGGGCUUUGGCGUGUUACCUCUGGAGGGGCGGGGAAGGCGGCAGGUGACUGAGCUCGUCGCAGGUGUCACUCGGUGGAGGCGUUAUCUGGACUUUUUGCUCUCGGAGUUUUUUUCGCGCAGCCCAAAUGAGCUGGAGAGGAUGGAGCCGCUAUUGAAGCAGAUUCUCCGAUUGGGGAUGUUUGAGCUCGCUAAGAUGGACACACCGCCACAUGCUGCAGUCAACGAGGCAGUCAAGCUCGCUCGGGCAGCUCUCAGGCCUGGAGCUGCCUCAUUGGCCAAUGCUGUUUUGCGGGCAGCUGUUCGGGCACAGGAGCAAGGCCCCCUGCCAGCCCCAUUGCUGCAUGAUGCAAUGACAGACCGGGACAAGGCACGCGCCCUUGCCACCCGGCACUCACACCCCGUGUGGAUGGUGCGCCGGUGGGCCGACAGGCUGGGGUGGCGAGAGGCAGAGAGGCUCAUGGAGAGCAACAACGCCCGUCCCGUCUUCUCCUUGAGGGCCAACACUGCGAGAGGGGUAAUACGAUCCGAUUUGCGCUCCCUGCUGUUGGCGCUUCCUGGGGUGGAGGUGGAGGAUUCACCGUACCUGGAUGAUUUCAUCCGCGUGAAAGCGGGCAUGCAGCAUGUGCUCACAGCAGGGCUCAUAGAGGAUGGCUCGUGCAACGUGCAGGAUGAGAGCGCAGGGCUGGUGGUACGGGUGUUAGCUCCCCAGCCAGGAGACACGGUGGUGGACUGCUGUGCCGCGCCCGGGGGCAAGGCCAUGUAUGCUGCUGGGCUCAUGCAGGGGACAGGGCGGCUGGUGGCAGUGGAUGUGAACGAGGGGCGGGUGAGAAUGGUGGCGCAGGCAGCACAGCGGCAGGGGCUGCACCACAUGGUGGAGUGUGUCUCUGCGGACCUGCGAUCUUAUGCUGCGUCAUCCCCCCUGCGUGGAGCAGCAGACCAAGUGCUGCUGGAUGCGCCCUGCUCCGGCCUUGGAGUGCUGGCCAAGAGGGCGGAUCUGAGGUGGAGGCGGACAGUGGAGGGGGAGGCGCAGCUCACAGCACUGCAGGACGACCUGCUGGACGCUGCUGCCAGUUUGGUGCGGCCGGGAGGGCUGCUGGUGUACUCAACAUGCUCCAUAGAGGCAUCGGAGAACGAGGAUAGGGUUGUCACCUUCCUUCAAACACACCACGAGUUUCUGUUGGAACCACUAGAUGCUUCAGUAUUGCCCGAAUCGAUGAUCUCUCGCCUUCGUUGCUUUGCAUCGCUACCACACCGCCAUGGAAUCGACGGUGCUUUUGCUGCUCGUUUGCGGAGGCGAGAAUUGUGA